AUGGGGACGACACUGACCGCGAAGGCUUCAAGAGCCAGCCAACGAGCAGCUUUUGCUAGAAUUGAAUCCAUGGAGGCACAAAGAGUCCAGGAUGGCAUGCAGUACAUGAAUCGUCAACGGCAACUAGUACCUGGACAUGGGUAUCAGAAAACAGGCUACUCAUUUGAAGAUGCCACCACGGCAAACAAUGUGUUUAGAAACCGGUAUCUGAACGUGUUCCCCUGGGAUGCCACUAGGGUGAAAUUACCAGCAGUUGAACCACAUUCAAAUUAUAUAAAUGCGUCUUAUAUCAAGUUGUCGGACAAGAAACAAUACAUUGCUGCACAGGGUCCCUUGAAGACAACCAUACAUCAUUUCUGGCUGAUGUGCUACCAUGAGUCUGAGAAACAGGGGAAUGACGUGAUUGUGGUGGGGAUGGUGACCCCAUUAUCGGAGAGUGGCAUUACCAAAUGUGAAAAGUAUUGGCCACUGAAAGAAGAUGAUACUUUAGAUUUUACAAAUUUAAUAGAAAAAGAUGGAUUAAAUAUAGAUGAAGAUUCUAAAUUUAAACUUCAAUUUAUUAGGGAGAAAUAUAAUGCUAAGGGAGAUUUUAUUGAGACUGAACUUGAAUUGAAAUCAUCAACAAAGACAAAGAAGGUAUAUCAUUAUUAUUAUUUCAAAUGGGCCGACACAAAGACACCUCCAUCGGUAGAGCCUCUUUUGGAGCUUUCAAGGGAAUUACAAAUGCAUAGUGAAUAUUCCAAGGAGAAUCCACCAGUUCCGGUGAUACAUUGUUCUGCUGGAGUGGGAAGAACAGGUACGUUUAUUGUACUUGAUUAUUUACUCAGCAGGGCAAAAGAUACAAAGAAGGAUGAUCUUGUUGAAGAUAUCAUUGAAGAUACGGUGGAAAAGUGUAGAUCACAAAGAAUGAUGAUGGUGCAAACUAUUCAUCAAUAUCAGUAUUUAUAUCAAGCUGCUGAGGUAUUGAAAUUAUGUCAAUAG